UCAACAAUUUGCAUAUUAUAGGCUGCCUGGGACGGAUCCAGGAUUUGAGUGAGAGGGGGUUUAGGGAGAAGAUGUCUUUUCGCAAGUAUACCUCAUAAUGGUGCAAUCUGGCGUGUAUUUGAUAACGGCACUCCAGACGACUGCUUAUGAAAAGAAUGGGUGAUAUUUUAAUGCCUCGAGAUGCCGGAAAGUUCAUCUCGGGGGAAAGUAAAGACGUGAAAAUAAAUGACAGUGGUGUGCUUAAAGUGGCAAAAUUCAUGGCGGACUGUGUAAAAUCUGGCACAUAUAGUAUCAAAAGCUGGAAGCAGCAUGACCUGAACCCCAAAACUAUGGACGAAAAUGCACUUAACUGGAUUUUUGUUGCUGACACACUUAAUUUUUCGUUCUGGUCAGAUGACGAGACCAAAAAGUAUAUGGUGAGAUAUAAAGGAAAAGAAUAUACGGGUUACUGGUCACUUUGUGCUGCAAUGAAUAGAGCCCUAGAUGAAGGCAUAAAACUGACCGAACCAAAGUACUUUGCAAACAUAACCAAGAAAAAGUUGUCUGAAAUUUUACGUUCUGACUCCGAUUACGACAUUCCAUUGAUUGAAGAACGAUUUACGGUGCUAAGGGAGGCUGGUCAAGUGUUGAUGGAAAAGUACGAUGGAAGUGUUGUCGAACUGGUGCAACAAUGUAACAAGAGCGCUCAGACUAUGAUGAAGCAAGUGGUCAAAGAUUUCACUUCCUACAGAGACGAAACUGAGUUUGCAGGAAAGCAUGUAGCCAUCUACAAGAGAGUCCAGAUUCUAAUAGCCGAUAUCUGGGCGUGUUUUGAAGGUCAAGGUUAUGGAGAAUUUAACGAUAUAGACACGAUCACAAUGUUCGCCGACUACAGAAUCCCCCAGGCUUUGCUAUACUUUGGGGCCUUGCAGUAUUCUGAUGAGCUGUCAGAAUUCCUGAGAAAAGAACACCGUUUGAACUCUGGUGAAAGAUACGAGGUAGAAAUCCGUGGCUGCAGUGUAUGGGCGACUGAACUGAUCAACCAAGAGACCAGAAAAAUUAUGGAUGCCGACGCUGACGGGAAGAAGCUGUUAGUCAACUCGAUUCUAAUUGACCAUUAUUUAUGGGAUUACAGGCGAGACAAUGCUGACAAAAUGACAGACCUGCCAUUCCAUAAAAUUAGAUGUAUUUAUUAUUAAAUCCUUGCAAGCUGGCACUUGUAACCCUGGUCUUUCACUACCUAUUGUAGUAUAUCCAAUAGAUAAGAAAGGACUAGUUUGUGCCGAUUGUUUAACUGCAUAGUUCAUUUUUCAUACGCAUUUGUAACUUACUUCCGAAAGAAGUAGUCAGAAAUAAAACUUACAAACCUU